CAGCAAAGCCUUGUCCUUCCUGUUCUACUCUUCACUCUUCUAACUUCCCUCCCGCAACAAGGCAGAUCGAUUUUAGAACAAAACCAAAAGUGAGAAUGCUAAGGUUGGCACUCUCACUUCCUCUUUGAAGAUAGUUCUUGCAGAGGGGCACCCACUGGGAGAGAAGAGGCAGGUGUCCCAGGGACUCAGCACUGCCCCCAGUUAGAGAUCGUCAUGCUUUCUCACGGCCUCUGCUGGUUGCAGAAAAUGCCAGGAUGGUGCCUCCCUUGCUCCUGGCAAGGACUCUGAUCAUGGCGUUGUUCCUCUCCUGCCUGAGACCGGGAAACUUCAACCCUUGCAUAGAGGUAGCUCCUAAUGUUACCUACCAAUGCAUGGAUCAGAAUCUCAGCAAAAUCCCGGAUGCCAUCCCUGAUUCAACCAAGAACAUAGAUCUGAGCUUCAAUCCCUUGAAGAUCUUAGGAAGCUAUAGCUUCUCCAAUUUCUCUGAACUUCAGUGGCUGGAUUUAUCCAGGUGUGAAAUUGAGACAAUUGAAGACAAGGCAUGGCAUGGCUUACACCAGCUCUCAACCUUAAUACUGACAGGAAACCCUAUCCAGAGUUUUUCCCCAGGAAGUUUCUCUGGACUAACAAGUUUAGAGCAUCUGGUGGCUGUGGAGACAAAAUUGGCCUCUCUAGAGAGCUUCCCUAUUGGACAGCUUAUAACCUUAAAGAAGCUCAAUGUGGCUCACAAUCUCAUACAUUCCUCCAAGUUACCUGAAUAUUUUUCCAAUUUGUUGAACCUAGAACAUGUGGAUCUUUCUAAUAACUAUAUUAAAACUAUUUCUGUUAAUGACUUACAGUUUCUACGUGAAAAUCCACAUGUCAAUCUUUCUUUAGACCUGUCUUUGAAUCCAAUUGAGUUCAUUGAAGCCCAAGCUUUUCAGGGAAUUAGGCUCCAAGAACUGACUUUAAGAGGUAAUUUUAAUAGCUCAACAGUAAUGAAAACUUGCCUUCAAAACUUGACUGGUUUAUACGUCCAUCGGUUGAUCUUGGGAGAAUUUAAAAAUGAAAGGAAUCUGGAAAGUUUUGACCGCUCAGUCAUGGAAGGACUAUGUGAUGUGACCAUUGAUGAGUUCAGAUUAACAUAUAUAAAUGAUUUUUCAGAUGAUAUUAUUAACUUCCAUUGCUUGGCAAAUGUUUCUACAAUGUCUCUGGCAGGUGUAUAUUUAAAACAACUAAAAGAUAUUCCUGAGCAUUUCAAAUGGCAAUCCUUAUCAGCUGUUAGAUGUCAACUUAAGGAGUUUCCAACUCUGAAACUAUCCUUUCUUAAAAGAUUCACCUUAACUACCAACAAAGGGACUAUCAGUUUUAGAAAAGUGUCUCUGCCAAGUCUCAGAUAUCUAGAUCUUAGUAGAAAUGCCCUGAGCUUUAGUGGUUGCUGUUCUGCUUCUGAUUUGGGAACAAACAGCCUGAGACAUUUAGACCUCAGCUUCAAUGGUGUCAUCAUUAUGAGUGCCAACUUUAUGGGUCUAGAAGAGCUGGAAUACCUGGAUUUUCAGCACUCUACUUUAAAAAAGGUCACAGAAUUCUCAGCAUUCUUAUCCCUUGAAAAUCUCCAUUACCUUGACAUUUCUUAUACUAACACCAAAAUUGAUUUCAAUGGCAUAUUUCUUGGCUUGACCAGUCUCAACAUCUUAAAAAUGGCUGGCAAUUCUUUCAAGGACAACAUUCUUUCAAAUGUCUUUACAAACACAACAAACUUGACAUUCCUGGAUCUUUCUAAAUGCCAAUUGGAACAGAUAUCUUGGGGGGUAUUUGACACACUCCAUAGACUUCAGUUAUUAAAUAUGAGCCACAACAACCUACUAUUUUUGGAUCCAUCCCAUUAUAAACAGCUGUAUUCCCUCAGCACUCUUGAUUGCAGUUUCAAUCACAUAGAGGCAUCUAAAGGAAUACUGCAACAUUUUCCAAAGAGUCUAGCCUUCUUCAAUCUUACUAAUAAUUCUGUUGCUUGUGUAUGUGAACAUCAGAACUUCCUGCAGUGGGUCAAGGACCAGAAGCAGUUCUUGGUGGAUGUUGAACAAAUGACAUGUGCAACACCUGUACAGAUGAAGGCCUCCCUAGUGUUGGAUUUUAACAAUUCCACCUGUUAUAUGUACAAAACCAUCAUCAGUGUGUCGGUGGUCAGUGUGCUUGUGGUAUCCACUGUAGCAUUUCUGAUAUACCACUUCUAUUUUCACCUGAUUCUUAUUGCUGGCUGUAAAAAGUACAGCAGAGGAGAAAGCAUCUAUGAUGCGUUUGUGAUCUACUCGAGUCAGAAUGAGGACUGGGUGAGAAAUGAGCUGGUAAAGAAUUUAGAAGAAGGAGUGCCCAGCUUUCACCUCUGCCUUCACUACAGAGACUUUAUUCCUGGUGUAGCCAUUGCUGCCAACAUCAUUCAGGAAGGCUUCCACAAGAGCCGGAAAGUUAUUGUAGUGGUGUCUAGACACUUUAUCCAGAGCCGAUGGUGUAUCUUUGAAUAUGAGAUUGCUCAGACAUGGCAGUUUCUGAGCAACCGCUCUGGCAUCAUCUUCAUUGUCCUUGAGAAGGUGGAGAAGUCCUUGCUGAGGCAGCAGGUGGAAUUGUAUCGCCUUCUUAGUAGAAACACCUACCUGGAGUGGGAAGACAAUCCUCUGGGGAGGCACAUCUUCUGGAGAAGACUUAAAAAAGCCCUGUUGGAUGGAAAAGCCUUGAAUCCUGAGGGAACAGCAGAGGAAGAACAAGAAGCAGCAACCUGGACCUGAGGAGAACAAAACUCUGGGUCUAAAACCCAUUCUGUUUACAAUUGUUAAAUGCCACAGGUUAGCUGGGGUUCUGCUAUAGACAUGGCUCCCAUGGAGCACAAGGCUGCCAACCUCAUGGACCUUAAAGGGCAGAAGAAAGUAACACUGUGAUGAAAUUCCUUACUUUUCAGGUAUAUGAAUUAACUAACUCAGACAAAGGAUCACAAUCAAGAAAGUUUACCUUUAUCUUAUUAAACUGAAGGAGAAGAGGCUAAGGCCCAAUGAGAACAGAAAGGAGAAUCAUUCUUCCCUGAGGCUUUUGAAUAUAAGCCAUAUCAUGUAUUGUGUUUCAGUUACCUUAGAAGAGUUUUGAUAGUUUAAACUGAACUGAGUGUUUGCUUACGUUCCCUUUUUUCUACUGAAUGCAGUUUAAAUGGCUCUUUUUGAGAGGCCCUCAUUCCAAUUUUAUCUUCCAUUUUAUGUCAUUUUUUUUAUCUAAUUUUAUAAAAAAAUAUGAUUGGUACAUGCUCACAGAUAUCCUGGCCCUUCCUUAGAAUGCUAUAUUUAUUAAAUAAAAAUUCCUAAUAUACUUUUAUUUUUAUAAAUUCAGUUAUCAUUUUUCAUGCCUUGACUAUAAACUUGAAUCAUAAAUAAGAUUGUUAGAGAUAUGCUAAGAAUGCCCAUAUUUAACUACAAUUUUUCAAGAAAUUGUGUAAAAUAUACUCUGUCACAUUUUCACUACACGUCAUUCUUAAGUUAUUACCUACUAAGUUAUGGAUGUCACAGAGUCAGUGUUAAAAAUAAUUUGGUUGAUAGAAAUGUUUUUAAUCAGGAGAGAAAAGUGGAGAAGAGUGCAGGAACAGAAAUCAUAACUUUGUCAUUUCGAUUAUUUUAGAAUCAUAGUGGCUCACAUAGCAGAAUGGCAAGACUACAUAUGCUUCAAUUGAUGUUCUUUCUCAGCAAGGAUACUCUCUGAAGGACUUGUAGAACCUUUCAGGGAGGCAGAAAGGUUUAAUAUCCUUUCCCUUUAUCAUUCCCAUUGCUGGACAUGCUUUGUGAGAUAGAUAAAUGAUGGGAGUACACAUUUCUGCUUUUACCUUAUUCCAGUCAGCAUGAACACUCAAUAUAUAAUGGCAUUGCACAGUGUGUGUGUGUGUGUGUGUGUGUGUGUGUGUGCAUAUAUGUAACUGUACAUGUGUUAAAGGUUAAGGAAAAAAUAGAGCACAGAGCAGUUCUAUAUUUUUGAUGGGGCAUUAAAUAGUUGAGCCAAUUCUGAAAAGUAUGGAGGUUUCUUGAUAAAGGAAACCAAAGUAGAACUCUUACAAGAUCUAACAAAAAAAUUUCUAGACAAACAAACACAUAAGUAAAUUAGAUUUCCUUGUCCAUUAUGACACUAUUCAUCAUAUUCAAAUUAUGGAAGCAACCCAAAUGUCCAUUAGAAGGUUAAUACAUAGAGAUAGUAUGCUAUCUACUUGUAAUAGAAUGUGUUCUGACCUUGGAAAAGAAGUAAAACUUGCUGUUUGUGACCAGAUGGAUAAAGGUGGAGUUGUUUUAUUGUAACUGAAAUAUGCCAGGCAUAGAUGGAACUGGCAUUUCAGGAGCUUUUGAUAUGCAGAACAAUGAAAGAAGACAAAAGAAAACCAGCCCUGGUAUGUAUUCUUCACAACUAUUUUAAACAAUAUGCUUGAAAGAUAAUGGAAUUCUUAGUAUUAAUUAGGAUGCCUACAAUUUUUGAAAUUCCAUUCAAAUUCAAAGAUAGCCAACUAAUUAUUUGUCUCUUGCUAGUCAUGUGAAACAGGAGAUCAAGAAUCUCCCUAUUUUUCUGAUAUAAAACCCAAAUUCUAAUACAGUAAAUGUCUUGUCAAUCAGCCAAAUAGCAUACAAGAGGCAAGGCAACAGUCUGUGCUCCUUCCCUCUCAGAGAAACUCCUGUGCACUCUAGCCCAUUGCUUCAUGCUCCAAGCUAGGAAAAAAAAGAAAAAGAAGAAGAAGUGAAACUGCCACAGUUCUCUAUGUGGUUAGUGCCAGUCAGGGUUUUUCAACUUAAACCGUGAGUCAUCAAGCAAAUACAUAUGCAUGCAUGCAUUAUGCACAGAGUGGUUUAUUUAUAACAAUUCUUUCCAUAAAGGGCUUGGGGAGCUUUCAACAAAAUAUAUAGGAACAAUGAGGUUAAUCAAAAGAAAGAAAUAUAGACAAAAGAAAGGAAUGAAAAAAAGAAAAUAAAAGUUUUAGCUGUGUAUUCCAGGCUUAAUUCUAGAAAUCUGGAAUUUUAGAUAGUGUGACUACUGGAUAAUCCUAAACUCAUUUUCAGAUCAUAUCAGUUAUGUGACUUGGGCUUCAUCUGUCUGAGAGCUAGUCACCCUGAGAAAAAAAUGAAGCUCAUGUAUUUAUUUUUAGGCCAUAACAAACUAACAAAUAUAACGUUAAAGGGUGGCUCUGUGGAUGAGUCUCCUUCUUGGCUUUCUUAUGGCUAGUCAGAGAGAAGCACUGAGUAGCCUUUUCAAUGACAACAUUUAGGUCACAUUUGUUUUCCCAGUCUGUAGGACAACGGCAAUCCCUAUGACUAAAGUAGAUAGUUUCUUUUUGACUUAGCUUCUAUUCAUAUGUGUUGCCCUAGCUUCCUCUUUGAUUCUACAGCCUUUUGAGAAAUCAUUAGAAAUCACUAGAACCUCAUGCAUGGACUUGAGACAGUCCUCAUAUAUGUUCCUAGGCACCCGAGUGGGAAGUUGGGAGGCUGGGGCCAUACCUUAACUAUCACCUUUGCUUCCCUGGUGUUGAGCAUCAUGCUUGACAAAGUAAACAGAUAAUACCUCUUAAGUGAAGAACUGGUGGAUCCUUAAUGCAUGUUUUCAUGGUGUGCUGUUGUCCUCGAUACUUCCCAGUUAAGAAUGUAACGUCAUACGGGAUCUUAGCUGUCAACUUAGUUUCCACAGCUUUGGCAUUCCUUGUCUGUUACUUGUAUAGAUGUUUCAAAUUCCUUCUUCACUUGGUUGCUUGAUGCCACGUAUUCUAAAAAUUUGUAGAAGGUGUGUGUUUUGGGAGGGGGUGGUUCUAACAAUAGUUUUCUCUACUGGCUACUUUAAAAUCCUAUUCAGCUAAUUUAUAUAUGAUAUUUGAUUAAAUUCUGCAUGCUAUACCAAUUUGAGGAACAUUCACAAAAUUACAUUAGAAAAUAAAGGCUUUAAAUUUUUUCUUAACACAUCCAAAGUACACAAGGCAUUAAAUGGGAAAAACUAAAUAUCCAGCUGACUUCAUCAAAUAGUUUCACUACUGUUUUCUUUCCUUUUAUGUCAAGAUAUGAAUACCAGUGUUCUGUAUUUUUAUUUAUUUAUUGUUUGCUAUUAUGAGGAUUCAAAGCGAGAACUUUGAGGAGCUGACAGAGGCACUGUGAACUAUGAAGACAGUUUUUGGAGUUGAUAAUUUCCUCUGUAACUAUGGACUAAGUCCCCCCACCCACCCCAUUCAGCUCUCUUUUCUGAUGGAAUAAACUCUUUUCCAGGAGGCUCCCACUUAUGCUAAUGCACCCAAGCAAACAAGGAGACUAAUAGGACCAGCUGUUUCUGUCUUUAUAUUCUCAUUCUUACUAAAGAAGGAGAGUGCAAAAUUUUGAAGGAUAUAUUAAAGUGCCUUCUGUACUUAACGAUUCUUCUAGAAAAGUCAAAGAGGUGAUAUUGGUUUGAUAUCUUCUCAUGGUAAUUUGGAAGAUGUUUACAUACCAAUUUCAGUUUGCUUACCUAGGCCUUGAGAGUCAUUCUACAGUACAUGACUAGGCUACUAUGAGGACAAAAGAAAUCAUUCUGGGGAGAUUCAGUAUAGCUCUUAAUUUACCUUCUAUAAGGGUCACAUGCCAGAAUGAGAAAGAUCAAGCCUGGCAUGAAGUUAAUUUAGUGGGCUAGGAUCCUGUAAACCUCCUAAAGCAAGAGACCCCAUGCAUAUGAUCUCAGCCAAUGAGUCAUCUCUAAGAAAAAAUAGAAAAAGAGGCAAGGAGGGUCAGUGCUCUGAAGACACAGAGUCAAAUGUUCCUGUUUCCAGAGUUUAUAAUGAACAAAGUCCAAACAUUGUUAAUUUUAACGAAGUCAAGCCGAAUGCCCUGGGCAUGUCCUUCAGGGUGGAAAGGGAUAUGCAAUUCCAGUUCUUCUUUUAUGUUUGUGAUGGUUACAUAGUCCCUGAAGUUCCAGAGGCUCAGGUAUAGGCAAUACCAUCUUGAUAGAGUUCACUUAGCCAAAAUGCAGAAAUGGGUGCUCAGAGAGAAUAGAUAACUUGUCCUGUAUCCUAUAACUUAUAAUGUAUUAAUAAUCAUCAUAAUAAAUUCUGUCUGCCAAAUAUUUGAUACAUACAUGAGACUGUUUUAGUUUAAUUCCAAAAAUUGACUUCUGAUGCAACUCUUAGCCACACUGUCAUUUCCCAUACAAUGAAACUGAGAGCAAAGAGCAAAUUCUCCAAUUGGAAGAUUAAAAUCCAAGUAAGCCAGAUAUCCAGGACUGCUAAUUUUUUACCACACAAUACACUGUUGAACUGUCUGGGCUUUUUUCUGCUCGGGGGUAGUGGGGGAUGAUUCUCUCACUAACUGGAGAAUCCUGUGGACAAGGUCAGCAACUCCCUUACCAUCUCGAAAUUGAAGGUUUCAAAGGCAUUGUAUGUGACUUUCAUUGAUUUCUAUGAAAAUGAAGAUGGUCCCUCCUGUGACAGUGCUAAGUGCUGAGUCUGAGUGUAAAUGUGCUUUUUGGCACAAAUUGUCCUGUGCUAAUAGUGUUGAUUAUAAUUAUAAAAUAAUGUGUUUCUGAAAGGCUGCAAACAAUUCUGGGAAUGACAAUAAGGGUUUUGAAACAACAUGGUAUUUAUGUGAGAAGUGUUUUGUUGAAAAUUAAACCUGUGUUUAGGAGAAAGGAUCCUAUUGUUUGCUCCUAAGAAACUAUCACAACAUGCAAUUAAAUCAAAGCCAGUUGGUU